AUCUCUAGCUUUGCUUAAGGUUCAUCUCUUUGUUUAUAUCUGAAGGAAAACAAUCUCUAUGGAUUUAGAAUAUGUAGAUGAGAUCUGAACAAUGGAAAACUGAGAGAGAGAAGAUGCAAAUACUUAGACAAGCUCUAAGUUCAGCAACCACAGCUGUUCUCCUCACCUCAGAAAAUGCCCUUAUUUUUUAUGCAGGUCACCACCAAUGAUACAUUAUCCACAGGGAUGGAUUGCCUGCCCUUCUACCGCUCAUCUCCUGCGUGCGGCACUGGUGAUCAUGAUAUUCUUUUUGGAAAUAUAUCAGUGCUAAAUCCAAGACAACAGAUCAAUGGCUUAACUUCUUUCCUUGAUGCUUCUACAGUCUAUGGCAGUACUCCUGCUGUUGAAAACAAACUGAGGAAUUUAACAAGUGAAGAAGGUCUUCUUAGAGUAAACCUUAUAUAUUACGAUAACCAUCGGGAAUACCUGCCUUUUACAGACCGGAUCCCAUCACCUUGUGCACAGGACUCAAAUGCAAGUGAAGGGGAAAGGAUUGAAUGCUUUCUGGCCGGAGACAGUCGAUCCAGUGAGGUCACUUCUCUGGCUGCUAUGCACACGCUGUGGCUGAGGGAACACAACCGCCUGGCCCGAGCCCUCAAACGUAUCAACAGCCACUGGAGCGCGGAGGCAGUCUACCAAGAAGCACGAAAAAUUGUUGGUGCUCUGCAUCAGAUUAUUACUUUAAGAGAUUACAUUCCCAAAAUCAUUGGUCCAGAUGCCUUUAAUAUGUAUAUCGGCCUUUAUACAGGUUAUGAUCCCACAGUGAAUCCUACAGUUUCUAAUGUAUUUUCAACAGCUGCUUUUCGUUUUGGUCAUGCAACAAUCCAACCAAUAGUAAGGCGACUGAAUGCACAGUAUUUAGAUGAUCCUGAACUCCCAAAUCUUCAUUUGCAUGAAGUUUUCUUUAGUCCUUGGAGGCUCAUUAAAGAAGGAGGUUUGGAUCCUUUACUAAGAGGUCUUCUAGCACAUUCAGCAAAACUGCAGGUGCAAGAUCAACUGCUGAAUGAGGAGUUAACAGAAAAACUCUUUGUAUUGUCAAAUAAUGGUUCACUUGAUUUAGCAUCAUUAAAUUUACAGCGUGGCCGUGAUCAUGGACUCCCAGGUUAUAAUGAAUGGCGAGAAUUCUGUGGUUUACCAAAACUGGAAACUCACACUGACCUGAAUACAGUAAUAAUGAAUCGCAAUGUCACUGAAAAAAUCAUGGAAUUGUACCAUAAUCCUAGCAAUAUUGAUGUUUGGCUUGGCGGUCUGGUAGAAGACUUUAUUCCAGGUGCUAGAACCGGUCCCCUCUUUGCAUGUAUAAUUGGAAAGCAGAUGAAAGCACUAAGGGAUGGUGACCGAUUUUGGUGGGAAAAUGAUAAUGUUUUCACAGAAGCUCAAAAGCGUGAACUCAAAAAACACUCAUUGUCCCGCGUGAUUUGUGACAACACAGGAAUUACUGAAGUGCCAGCAGAUGCCUUUCAACUUGGAAAGUUUCCACAGGAUUUUAAGCAUUGUAACAAUAUACCUGGAAUGAAUUUAGAAGCUUGGCAAGAAUUUUAUCAGGAAGAGGAACUAUGUGGAACACCAAAGAGUGUGGAAAAUGGUGAUUUUGUAUACUGUUCAGAAUUUGGAAAAACUACAGUGACUUAUACAUGUCACUAUGGAUUUCAAUUACAAGGAGAAGAGCAACUAACCUGCACAAGUAAAGGAUGGAACUUUGAGGCUCCCAUUUGUAUAGAUAUCAAUGAAUGUGAAAAUAAAAUUAAUCCACCAUGCCCUCCUUCUUCUACAUGCAUUAACACUGAAGGCAGCUACAAAUGUCUCCAUACUGAUCCUUACAAGCUGGCAGAAGAUGGAAGAACAUGCAUUGGUAAUGCUUGUGAACAUACUGUCCAUUAGAACUUUCUCUGUUUUCUUUUAUAAUGCUGUAAAAAAAUCAUAAAACUGAGAUUUAUCGAAGAGUUGUUAACAUAUGUGAAAAACCUCUACGGAACUAUGGGCUUAAAGGCACAGUCAGAUUCUGUAAAUAAAGGUAUUGGAUAAAUAAUACAGACAGAGAAAUAAGCUUUUCAUUGUCCAUUCCUACUGUAUAAAAUCCACUGUUUUCCUUAUGGUGAUACCUUAACCCUUUCAGAGCUAGAAGAAAUCAUGCAUUUUCUUGGGUUUUUUCAGCUUUUCAGCAUGUUAAUUUGAGCCACUCAGAGUUUCAUCUGAAUCAGAAAAUAGAAAAAAAACCCACCUAUUUUUCAGAUGUUUCUUCUCUUUAUUAUUUACAAUUUAUUCCUUUUUCCAUUCAGCCAUGCUUACAUUAAAUUACACCUUUAAAUCCAGAGACCAAAACCUGCUCUCAGAUUAAUUUAAGAGGUUAGUACACUGGUGUUGAGUGCAACAAGGAUUUUACGAGGUCACUACACUAGCAUGAAUAUGAGGCAGCUCCAAAUAUAAGGUAAAUUUUAUAUUUCAAGGGAGCAAGCAGAAAGUGCUUAGUCAGUGCUGCUGUGUCAAGUGAUCAUUAUCCCAGACCAAGUCAAAUAUGUUUUUCAGAGCUUCAUUUGCCUUCCAACAGGUCAAAAAAAAUGGGUGCAAGUACAGCCACCAAGGCCAUUGCUGUAUGUCUACCAUGUAAGGUUAGCACCUUCCUUUAGAUCUCAGUUAAUGAAGUAGUUUGUUAUGUCCAUGGACCUAUCCUUCCAUGCUAUGCUAAGGCUUGAAUUGUUGAAGCUCUAGAGUCAGUCAUAACAGUUUCUGCGAUGUAACACACAUUGCUUCCUCUUACAUUUUAAAGCUAUGGAAGAAAACGUCCAUUUAGGAAAUGAUUGGCAAAAGCUGGCAAAUGAUUACCUGGGUCUCACUUGCAUUCUUUUAUAGAAACAAUGAGACUUGCUUUACAGAAUCUCUGCCAUAACUACAUUUUAAACUGAUUGGUCAAUUUGAAAUCAUGCCAUUAAUUCAGCUGAUAAUUCUUUAAGCCACUGUAGAGUAUCAGACAUUGCAUAUUGGCUAUAACUUCUAUUGUCAAACUAACACAAAUAUUGAAAAACUUUAAAAAGAUAUCACUCCCCUUCUUAGGUUCAAGCAUGAAGUUGUAACUGUUCUUUACCUCAUUGCCUCUUUACCUGCUCGCUGGGAGCCUCUAGUAGGUGUCCAUUGCCUCUUGUCCUGUCACUGGGCACCACUGUAAAGAGCUUGGCUCCACUGUCUUUGCACCCUUCCUUCAGACAAAUUGAUAAUUUCCCCCGAGUCUUCUCUUCUCAAAGCUAAACAGUCCCAGAGCUCUCAGCCUUUCUUCAUAGGAGAGGUGCUCUAGACUCUGAUCAUCUUUGUGUCCCUUCUCUGGGCUCUCUCCAAUAUGUCCAUGUGUCUGUUGUACUAAGGAGCCUAGUCCUGCACACAGGACUCCAGAUGAUGCCUCACCAGUGCUGAGCAGAGGGGAAGGAUCAUCUCUCUUGACCUGCUGGAAAUACUCUGCUUAAUGCAUCCUAGGAUGCCAUUAGUUGCUUUUUCAUCGAGGUUUCAUUGCUGGCUCAUGUUCAAGUUGGUGUCCAUGUGAACCCACAGGUCCUUCUCUGCCAAGCUGCUUUCCAGUCAUUUGCUAGUGUGUAGUGGUGCCUGGGGUUAUUCCUUCCCAGAUGCAGGAGUCUGUAUUUCCUCUGUUGAACUUUGAGGUGCCUGUCAGCCCAUUUAUCUAAUCUAUUGAGGUUCCUGGGCAACCUGCUGUAGAUGAUCCUACUUAAACAGGAAGAUUUGACUAGCUUAUCUCAAAAGGUUCCUUCCAGCCUCAAUGACUUUUUGAUUCUGUGAUUAGGUAUGGAGAAAAGGAGCGGGAUUUUAGCAGUGUUUUAUAUGGUUUCUCUGUAAAUUGCGGUUCUUAUCAUGCUAGUGUGCAUUGAGAAAUAAGUAGUCAAUUAGCUACUUGACAGUAGAUUGCUCCAAAAAAUAUUUGUAAUAAUAAGUGCAAGGAAAAUGUUACAGCCAACUGUGUUCUAGUUCAUUUAA